UUAAAUGUCCUUGUUUAGAUGUCUAUUGUCCAUUAUCAUCUCGGUAUUUUGAGUGAUUCAUAAACCUUUUAUUUGCGUCAUUGUACUGUGGCUGAAUUUCUUAGUAUUCUUUCUUCUUAGAAUUCGUGUUACCUCCUGUGAAUCUCAAGUUUCUCUAUUUAGUAAUCAGUUCCACGGUUAGCUUUUUAAAACGAGGUGCCUGAAGGGUAUCUAAGUAUUAAAUUCCUCUUAAAUAAUUGUAUGGACAUUACUGGUUCAACCUACUACUAUCUUUUGGCGUUAGUACUACUUCCAGUGUAUCUUUUCUUUAARCUGUGGUCUUGGUUGGGAUUUGAAUUAUUUAAGAACAACUAGCAACAUGAACCAGUUCAAUGACAAUAAACAAAUGAAUAACUUGAAAAGACCUUUGACUCUGGAUUUUAAUCAAGCAAAGAAAAAUGUGGCGUUUCCAUUGUCUACUGGAGAGGGUGGUCUUUCAGAUGUGUUAUCUUCUCCGGAUUUAAUAAAAUUAAAAGUUGACACUCCAGAAUUGGAGAAUAUGAUUCUUGAUAACCCUUUGCCUGGGACACCCACACCAUCUUUUCCAUUUCCUAAAACUGUUACUGCAGAACAAGAGCGAUUUGCAGGCGGAUUUGUGGAAGCUCUAAGCAACUUACAUAACAGCAAUUCGCAGCAAGGGUCUGACAGCAAUACCAGUACCAUUUACAAUGAGUCAUUCCUAUCACAGAUCAAAGAAGAGCCGCAGAUCGUCCCAAAUAUCAGCCAGAGCCCGCCAAUGUCACCAGUUGAUAUGGAAUAUCAGGAAAGAAUUAAACUUGAAAGGAAAAGACAAAGAAACAGACUAGCCGCUUCGAAAUGUCGAUCGCGAAAACUUGAGAGAAUUUCCAAACUGGAAGAUAAGGUGAAAUUACUUAAGAGUGAAAACGUGGAGUUAGGGUCUAUGGUUAACCAGCUUAAAGAAACAGUUGGUUUACUGAAAUUGGAAGUUAUUGAACAUAAUAAGAGUGGAUGCCAAAUUAUGUUAUAUUAACGCAGUAAACUACAACAUUCUAAAUUUAUUUCUUAAUAAAGUUUUGCGCCACCAUAAAUACGCACCAUCUGUAGCAACACUAUUUAAUACGUUUACGUUGAUAUUAUAAUAAAACGUAUUAAAAACAGUGCGCAUUAAGUAAAAUCAAUAUAGUAGUUAACUUAAAAACAUAAGUUAACUAAUAAAUUAAACUGGCUUACCAAUAUGUGGUCAUGUACACCAUUAUCUUUUUUAUUCAAUGCGCAUUGUGAAUUCAGCAUAAAAUAUUUACGAAAAAUUUACGGUAUGGUGUCACUUGAACUAUUUAUUUUAUGUUACGAAUUGGUCUUAAACUUACAUUUAUCAAAACCGCAUGAUGAGCACAAAUAGUUCUACUCUAGUUUAAGUUUAAAAGGUCAAAUAAAAAGUUUUAAGUCCUUAAAAAUUGUGUAUUGCUAUAAUCGCAGGAAAAAGUAAUGUAUGUCAUAAGUUAAGUCCUGUGUUACUCUAGAUGUAGGUUACCAUAUUUUUAUACCUAAAAACCUAGUAAUAAGAAAAAUGUAUAAAAGAAUUUAAAUAUAUAUAAUAUAUACUAUUAACUGAAA